CCAAAACCUCUGCAUAUCCAUUGAAAUCAAGGUAUGAUUUUAUCCCGAAAUUAAUCAUAAACACAUCAUUUAUUUUUUCUGGCUUCCUGUUGUUUGAUCUUGAUGGUUGAAAAUCCUAGACUAGUCUGCCACAAUUUUUGGUGGGAUAGCUCAAUCUUGAAGUUUUGCUUUAGUUUUUAGAGUUAUUUUGGGCUCAAAUAUGCAAGCUCUGACGAUUUGGCCCUCAACUAGUGAAUCUUGUGUAAUACCCCAGUUGGAUUUGGAGGUAGUUUCGUUCGGUAGUUCUGUUAAAUGGGGAGAGAGGAGGAAAAGAUUGGAUUUUUACAAUGUUCAUGGCUAUGGUUCAUUGCGUUUGUCGAGAAAUUUGAAGGCUUGUAGAAAUGGAGUGUGUAUAGCCGCCAAAAACUAUGAUUUGAGAUGCAAAUUGCUUUAUUUGGGCUCUACAACCACAGGCACGAUUAGUGGCUUUUCUAAGCUUAAGAAGGGCUCUCUUGGUGCGGCAUUUGCUGUGUCGUUGGCGUUGGAUGAGGCCACGCUUGGAGGGAACAGUUCGGAAUGUCAUGGAGUUGAUAAGGAGACGGAUCGCGGCAAUGAAUUUGAUGGUGAUGAUGAUGAUGGGGCUGAUGAUGUAGAGAGGGUUAUGAAUGCGAGUAGUCAAAGGGUGGAAUCUGCUCGUCCCGAGCAGCAUAGAGUUGAGGAGGGGAUGGAUAGUGGCAAUGAAUUUCAAAUUGAAAAUAAUUGCGGUGAUGUUGAUCAUGGAGAGAAAGUUAAGAAUGUGACUAGUCAAAGGGUUGAUGUUGUUGCACUAGCACGUAGAUUGAGCUCGGCUAGAACUGCUGAUGAUGUGGAGGAAGUGUUGAAGGUGGAAAGGAUCCUUCCCCUUCAGGUCUUUUCCACCGUGAUUCGAGUUUUUGGGAAAGAGAAGAAGCUAGAAUCGGCAAUGGCUCUCUUUGAGUGGCUUAAGAGAAAGAGUGAAGAGAGUGGUGGUCUGAUCCAGCCGAACCUCUACAUAUACAACAGCCUUUUAGGAGCGUUGAAGGAAUGUGGGAAGUUCGAUUUUGUUGAGGACAUUAUGAGUGAUAUGGUCGUAAGAGGAGUGCAUCCGAGUGUUGUGACAUACAACACUUUGAUGGGGAUUUACACAGAGCAAGGGAGGGAAAGUAAGGCCCUCCAAAUUUUCAAAGAGAUGCCAAGUAAAGGUAUAUCACCAUCACCUGCAUCCUUUUCUAUCAUGUUGUUUGCUUAUCGUAGACUAGAAGAUGGAUUUGGAUCCCUAGCGUUUUUUGUUGAGACACGAAAUAGAUACAAAGAGGGUGAAAUUGGGAGAGAUGGUGAUGGUGAGGAUUGGGAUCUUGAGUUCUCCAAGCUAGAAAGCUUCACCAUUCGCGUAUGCUACCAUGUGAUGCGACGUUGGCUUGUGAUGAGGGAGAAUCGGAGCAGUGAGGUGUUGAGGCUGCUAAGGGAGAUAGACGAGGCUGGCUUGCAGCAUGGCCGUGCAGAGCACGAGCGCCUCGUUUGGGCGUGCACACGAGAGGAGCACUGUGUCGUGGCUAAGGAGCUCUAUACUCGGAUAAGGGAAGUAGACAACGAGAUAAGCUUAUCUGUUUGCAACCAUCUCAUUUGGCUAUUGGGGAAGGCCAAGAAGUGGUGGGCUGCCCUAGAGAUCUAUGAGGAUAUGCUGGAUAAAGGGCCUAAACCGAAUAACAUGUCGUACGAGCUGAUCGUCUCUCAUUUCAAUAUACUGCUCUCUGCAGCUAGGAAGAAGGGGAUAUGGAGAUGGGGUGUGAGGUUGCUCAAUAAGAUGGAGGAGAAAGGGCUUAAACCGCGCAGUCGGGAGUGGAACUCGGUUCUUGUUGCUUGCUCGAAAGCUGCAGAAACCUCAGCUGCGAUUGAGAUAUUCAAGAGGAUGGUGGAGCAAGGUGAGAAGCCGACAAUCAUCUCGUAUGGAGCUCUGCUCAGUGCGCUCGAGAAAGGGAAGCUCUACGAGCAGGCCUAUCAGGUGUGGGACCACAUGGUUAGGGUCGGGUUUGAGCCAAAUUUGCACGCCUACACAAUCAUGGCCUCGAUCCAUGCCGGCCAAGGGAAGUUUGAUCUCUUGGAAGACCUCAUUGGGGAAAUGGUUGCCACCGGUAUGAAUCCCACGGUCAUCACGUUCAACGCAAUCAUAAGCUCGUGUGGGCGGAACGGCCAUGGGGGCUUGGCCUACGAGUGGUUUGAGCGUAUGAAGGCUCAUGGGAUCGCGCCCAACGAGAUCACCUACGAGAUGCUGAUCGAGGCUCUUGCUAGAGAUGGGAAGCCUAGGGUGGCUUAUGAGCUGCACCUGAGGGCUCGGACCGAGGGUCUAGAGCUCUCGGCCAAGGCCUACGACGCUGUUGUGCAGGCAACAGAGGUGUACGGAGCGACAGUGGACGUUGCUGCGUUGGGCCCUCGGCCGCCGGAGAGGAAGAAGAAGGUGGAGUUGAGGAAGAAUCUGUCUGAGUUCUGUAAAUUAGCUGAUGUUCCAAGAAGAAGUAAACCGUUUAUUAGGAAAGAAAUUUAUACAUCAAAGGGUGAAUAAAGUUUGUAAAAACUUUGGUUGCAGUCUAUUUCUUUUUCUUAUUUUCUAUAGAAUUAAUUUUUGAAUGUGUUUUAA